UUAAAUGCAAAACGUAAUUGUUAUUUUUUAUGGAGGGAGGGACUCUACUGCUUUAAGACCCUGUCCAUCCACGCACAUGCUGUAAGCUCCUACAUCCUGGUACUUUUACCGUUGUCAAGGCGCCGUAGAAAGGAAGGCUGCAACGGAAAGCGACUGCAGUGUCCUGAGACUGAGCUUAAAGAAAGUUAGGUGCCUUUACCAGGUCAACUACUCUUGGUUGUUCAGAAAAAUGGACAGGAUGACUCAAGCUCUGCAUGCAAAAUCCAUCUAAAUAGAAAGACCUUGAGAGACUGCUUCAUAUAAAUUAAAGAUGUGACCCCCAAAUACCCUGUUUAGAGCAGGUUUUGCCCUGCCUAAGAAGACUUAACCAACCGUUGACGUUAAUCAACAGUAUAAUAAUGGUGUAACCAAACAACAGCUAUGUCCAGCAAGACUUCCUCUAAACGUCGUUAUCAACCAGCAACAGAGUUUGAUGAUGCCACUCUCGCCCGCAAAAGGGAAUAUUGGAGGACCAAGAAAAGAGAGCAGAGGGCAAGAAAGUUGUCUACCAAAAAGAUCAGAAAUGAAAAUCUUGGGUUGUGCAUGUCCAUUGUUAGUGAAGUCAGAGAUGAUCCUUCUCUACAUAAUGACAUCUCAUUCAAACAGAAAGCUGCUGAUGCUCCUAAAAACUUCUUCAGCUCAGGUCUAUCAAUAUCUGAGAAUAAUAUUACUACAGUGCCAUGGAAAAAAGAGAGAUGCUUUCAAAGGACCAAGCUCAACCAUGCCUUACCUCAGUUCCCAGAAACAAGCACAAAUUCUCUGAAGGGUGUAAUGGGCAAUAAAAAAAUAAAGUCCUCAGAUACUGGGUCAUCAAAAACAAAUGCUACAACAGUUGAGUCUGUCUGCCCUAGAGUCCUUUUGGUGCCUACAGCAUGCAUCGAAAUGCAUCCAAACAAGCAUCCAAAUGGCAAGCAAUUAGCAUCAUCUCCGCAAAGCCAUGUAUCCAUGGUUUUACCAGUGCACAAAAACCAAAAUAAGCCACAGAACUGUCUUAGACCGUUGACCUCUGUAGAAUGUGAGGUUCAUGAACACCAGAGUUACGUUCAUAGUCCUAUCACUAAGAGAAAAACAUGUGCCUUUCCUUCAGAGCACAAGAAAAGAGUGGCUAUGAAUGAAGAAGAGAUGGUUGCUAAGCGUAGAGAGAACUGGCGUAUCAAAAAGCGAGAACAAAGAGCAAAGCAUGCUGCAAAGCUGGCACGGGACCGAGAAGGGAGUCUUGGACAAGGACAACCUUUAUCUGUUGGUAUCGUGCAUGCUUCGUCUCCUACUAACAGUAAGGCCUUGAGAGGAAUCAACCUCAAUUCAAAUCUCGUAUCCUUCAAUCAGCAGUCAUUGGGAGCAAAAUCUGGCAGUUCUCGAACAACACAGCUACAUGUUCAGGGUACUAAACCAAACCAUGCAUCCUUAUCAGGUGGUAUUUUGCAAUCAUCCUCAAGUAAAUCAAAAUCCAAAGGACAGAAAUUUUCACAUACUCAAAAGAGGCAUUGUAAAAAUAUUGCGAGGAAAUCCGCACUUGGUGCUUCCAAAGUUGAAUCUCCUGAGGAUCGCCAUGCCAGGCAGAGAGAGUACUGGCGAAUUAAAAAGCGUGAGCAGAGAGCAAGGCUGUCUUUGGCGUUAAAAGCACGACUGAAAGAGCGAGAUGCACUAAAGCAUCGUGGGAGACGCUACCACAGCAGUUUAAAUCAGACGUGUGGAGUUCAAGUGAGCAAAGCAAGUGGAUUUGCAGUUUCCUCAGAUACCAUUGGUGGUUUUAUCAAAGAAGAUGGCACGGUGACAGUCUCCAUUUCAAAGACUUCUUCUGAGGCUUCCCUAUCUGCAAGCCAAGACAUUUCCAAUGCGAAACGCAUUGGAAAGGUAAAACUCCAAGUUCAAGUAAAUUCACCCCUACAUUCAGAUGCUCAACCAGUCACAAAGCCAGGUUCUGCUCUCUGCAGUGUUUCCAGUAACUCUACCAAAACUCAUCAAAACUCCCUAGUAAGGUCUAGGUUAGCCAGAGGUGCAGUUAUGGGCAGUAUGACAGUCACCAUCCAGUCUGAAACCCCAACAGAAGAAGAAAGGGUCGCCCGUUUGAGGGAGUACUGGAGGAUAAGGAAACGAGAGCAAAGGGCUAGCCGAGCUGCCCGACUUGGGAAAGGUUUACUUAGGUCAAAGGUUUCAGUAUUAAAGCAGAGAGAGCAAAACAAGAAGUCAAACCAAAGGCACAGUAUUACUUCAUCUGUCGCCACAACAGUUUGUGACUCCUCAACCAGUGCCCCAGUCCCUAUACAAGAAGAACACGUCUAUCCCACUAUACAAGCUGUAUUUUCCAUCCCAGAAAUUACUCCCUGCAUCACUGUUCAAGACCGCAAACCUUCACCCUGCCCAUCCUUAGAGUCGCACAUUGAACCUCCAGCAGCUGUGGACCAUCAUGACACUACUCUUCAGGCUGUAGCCUCCUUGAAACAGCUCCUGGAGGAAUCAGUUUACACACCAGAAGAAAAUAAUGCCAAUGAAAUUCAUGUUAAGUGUGAAAAUGAGCCUCUUCCAUUAACUAAAGAUGAGUUUCUUACAUCUGAAGAUGUAAAGCCAAGUUUUACCUUAAAACAAAAUGUCUUAUUACAGUGUGACGUCUCAGAGGACGCAAGCCUUAAAGAUAUCAAAUUGCGUCCUCAUGCAUCAACUUUUGAAGACACCAGCCAUUAUAAGAUUCAUAAUGUCUGUGAAGAGGCUACAGUUGGAAGUCAUGCCAUUUUUCCGAUGCCUUUGCAACCUCAGUGCAGAAAAACUCAGAAGUUCAGUGAUUUUGGAGCAGAUCCCAUGCAGUCCUGCCUUUCACAGGCCUUGCAAGAGCAGCAGCUCGGUGAAAGUGAUGAGCUUCAAAGAAAGAGAGAGUAUUGGCGGUUAAAGAAGAGACAACAGCGGGCUAGAAAAGCCAACAAAGAUGCAACCAAACAUGUGGUUCUUCGCAAUCUGCCAAAGACUUCUCAAAAGAAAACACAAAGCACAACUUUCAUGCAAGCAAUGUCCAGGGACACUUCCACAUACAGACAGAUCCCCAUUCAGAAAAAAACAAGAAGGUGCACCAAGCCUUCAGGUCCACAGACAAAGAUUACCAAUAAAUCAAGAACUAAUAGAAUUCAAAUAGUGGCAACACCAAAUCCACAAGAAGAUCCAGAGGAGAUUAUACGUAGAAGACGCAUGCAAUGGAGGAUCAAGAAACAGGAGCAGCGAGCUAGAAAGGCAGCACAUGAGAGAAAGCUUCGUCAGAUGAUGGUCCCUCCACAAGGCCGAGAUUCACAGAGUCAUAACUCCACCAGUCUCUGCUCAGCAGUAGUUCAGAGCAUAACAUCAGAAAACCAACUUGCCAACUUAGCUGAACCAUGUCAGACUGCAAUCAAAGAGUCAGGCUUUGCACCAAAUGAUGCAAUGGAGGGGCCUUUAUCACAGGCUGAGUGGAGAAAUGUCUACCUCAUGGACUUUGAUCCUGUCAACCCGUUGUUGGUGUGUAUGGUUUGUGGAGAGCAGCAGUACUCUGUGAGUGUGGAAGGGGUGAAAGCUCACAUUGAGGAAGUGCACCCUGAUACACUAUUAUUGGGAGACUUUGAACGCCAAGGCAUUCUUGAUGCUUGGGAUAAACAGGUGGCUGUACGAGAGCACUUCAUCACCCACCAGCUUCAGCAGCAAUGCAGAGCUUCUACAGAGCUGAAUUUAAACUGCCUGGUCAAAAUUGAACCUAAAGUAGAGGCUGAAGACUUUGAGUGAUCUGACGGAUGCAAGAGGAAAUGCUGAAGCUGAUUAUUCAUUUAUAUCCUUUAUAAACAACCAUUUUUUUCCCACUAAAACCAAACGUAAACUUUUUUCACUCCUUAAUGAUCUAAGAUUCUGUUUCUUACAUUUUCUUUGUAAGUUCCAGCAGUCAUGUAAGAGAUCAAUAUCUUAGUUAGUGACUAUGUACUUUUAAAUUCUGGUAAUGUUCAAAACUGUGUAUUUACAGGUUACUGUCUUUAAAAAUGUUCUCACAACACAUAAAAACUGGAACGUUAUUCUGUAAUCUGAAGAACUGAAUUUUGAUCUUGUGUUUUUAGUACUUGUUUCUGUACAGGGUUGUUUCUGCACUUUUCUGCAAAAAUUUGUAAUAAAUUUUCUUUUUGUAAUUGUUGAACUGCAUAAUAUAUAUUAUUU